UUGGAGCAGUGUGAGCUGAUGCGAGCGCCGUACCAAGUGAUGCUCCUGUAUUAAAGCAGCCCGCUGUGGUUUGGCACAGAGCGGGACGCAUCACUUUAACCCCGCGGCUCUGCCCUCCGGACUCGCCCAUAUACUCCGCGCAGCCUAGAUAAUAAGUUGAAAGGAUGUGUGAUGCUGCUGCUGAUGCUGCUGUGAGGAAUCCUGCCACGCGAUAUUCCUGAGGACCUCGCGCUCCAGCUCAACCCCCGUUUAUUUUUUCAUAAUUUCCUUCAACUUCGAUGGCUCCAGUGGCCCAAUUGCACUCAUGCUCGCAGCCGAGGAGGAAUGUAAGGUACGGGCAAUCCACCGCCCUCACAGUGCGCGGAGUCGCGUUAUGAUUCAGGUCCCUGUCUGAGUGCCAAAUCGGUCGGAGGAAAGAAAGAUUAAAGAUCAAACUACUUUCGAGAUGUGAAUUUUUUAAAUGUUUUUUUAAUUCUUCAACCGUCUCACUUGUCCUAUGCUUCCGACAAGGAGGUUUCAAGAGGAAAAUGAUUGUGGCAUAAACUAUUUCUGGACACGUCUGUCACAGGUAUCACCGUUGGACUGGACAGGGUGGAUGGUUAUUUCCCAAAAAAUUCAUGUAUUCUGCAUCCAGUUGUGGGAAACACCUCCUACUAUCUUCCAGAACAGCUCGAAAAGAGGAAUGCUGGUCCAAGAUUUAAUACCAUUUACUUUAAGUUUUUGGCCUCUUUUCUUCGGCCACUGCCUGCUCUCGCUGUUUUUACUUUCGUGCCAGGGGGAAAUCCAGAGGUCAUGCUCUCGGUCUGUGGCGGAGAAGGUUAGUGAACAGUGCCAGUUGGCAUGCCACUGUAGGAGAUACCCUCCCCUCCCUCCACCACCGCCUCCACCUCCUCCCCCACGGCUGCUGGGAACCACAGAGGCAGAGCCCAUGGUGCCCUUGUUGACGCCCUGGUGGAUGGAGGUGGACCUCAUAGUGCUCGGGACGGUGGGCUGUGUGUCAGUUGUCUUCCUCCUCUCUGCCAUCAUCAUCUGUUAUAAGGCUAUUAAAAGAAAACCACUGAGGAAAGAGGAAAACGGGACGAGUCGUGGAGAGUACGCCAUGAGCAUCCGAAACACGAAGACCAUUAGUACGAACAACACUGUGGUAUAAACAUUCUCCUGAAGUCCACAGGAGCUGACUCACAUCAUGUUUCCCACCUUGUUCUGAAAACAGCAAACUCCUCUCACUGAAUGGUUUCACCUGACAUUUUUCAAAAAGGUAAACCUUUCUUCUUUGCUUGGCUUGCUGCCGGGGCAGGAGAGACAGCACCGACCUUGAGAAGAGCUGAAAACACGGAGGACAAAUUGAAUCAAACCAGAAAGGACUAAAAAAAAAAAAAAAAAAACCUGACAGGGACUGUGGUGUCAAAAGCAGCACAGCAGGCUGAACAUUAUGCUCUUAGUAACAGCAAGUGUUGCUGACAGGCUGGUUGGCUGCUGGCUGGAGAGGGACUGACUGCCGGUCUGCAGCAGAUCCAGACCUCACAUGCUGUUCAUUCAGCAAUGGAAAAAAAAGAGAGACAACAGCCCCUUCAGUCCCAUGGGCAACUUGAAAGAAAACCCCCAUUACAAGCAACAAAUAACAUGCAUGCAGUUUUUUUUAACAGAGAAUGCAACUUUUUUUAAAUUAUACUUCAACCCUCUCCCUGCUCAUCUUUGUGUUCUCCAAAUUGAGGCAGAUGAUCCGACUGCAGGUCCCAGCUCUAAGAUGAGGAUUUAUUCAACUAUGCAAUUUAAAGAAACCUACACACUUCACCAUGGAAGAUUAAGUUUUUUGACAUAUGUCAAAACAAGCGUUUGACUGAGUGUGAUCUGUCAGCCAUUAUUAACUAUAUUUGUUUGAAAUUGUUUUUUUACUUUCUAGUAAAUUUUUCCCAUCUUUAAAAAAUCAUUUUUGAUGAAUUUAUUUAUUUGAUUGGUAAACUUGUUUUCUUACAGUAACAUUUAUAACUUUUGUAAGUCACUUUUGAUGCUCCAAAACGUUUGGCGUGCCCACAUUUUGCAUCCCAUAGCACGCUUGUACUGCAAAAGUUGUCUGAAUUUAAAGAAGGUUGAUAUUUCUUUUUCCUCAAGACUUCAGCUUAAAAAAAAAGAAAAUAUACGCUCUUUAUGAUGGGCUUUCAGAAUGUGUGUUUAAAAAAACUAACAUCUUUGCAGGUCAUUGAGUUAAAAUUUCCAGUUUCAAAAUCAACAAGGGCCUUAGUUUCUAUAUUCUUUCCAGACUUGAAAAUCUGAAUUUUUCUCCAUCUGUCAACACUUACGGACGUAUAGUCCUUCACCGGGAACCCAAGCCCAAAGCUGACCUAGUGACUGGUGAGAAGCAGGAGAUUUGGCUGACUGCAGAUAUCAGGUUGCAGGGAGGAUUGCCUCAAUAGAGACAAGUGUGACUCAGGCAUCCUCCACAUCCCGCUGGAGCAAAUCAGCUAAUCAGGAGCAUCACUCAACACCGCCCUCCCAAACCCACCCAUAUAAAAAAAAAUGAAAUAUGCGUGUGUGCAUGCAUGUAUGGAUGUGCAUCUGUCUGUAUGUGAGUGUGCAUGCAGAUGAGUGCUCUCUGUGAGAAAGCGCCCGGCUCUGUAAGUUAAGUAUAGAUAUUGGCUAAGCUGUGGAAAUGUGGAAAUGAAAAAAAAAAAACAAAAAAAAAACACAUGCUUGCAAGUGCACAAACGGGCAUUAGGUAAUAAAAUACCAUGUACCCCACCAUGUACUUAUAUGAGCAAAAUGAUGGAUGCAUGAAUGUAAAUACUGAUACUUAAGUACCUGCCUUCUGGACUGUUAAUUCAUGUACAUUGUAACAGAUCAUAUGUUUAUACAUAGUAAGAAUUGAAAUAAUGUGCUACCAUUUAGAUCUAUGUCAAUGUUGUCACGGAGCAAGCCAAUAAUGUAUAUUUGGCAGUCAAUAGUCCUUACACAAUUUAUGCAUUAUAAUAGACGGUUGAAAAGAUGUGCAUAAGUUGAUAACUGCUGGGUUUUUCAGUUGUAAAUAAAGCUGUACAUAACAACAGA